GUGCGCCCACCAUCCUUGCUGUUGCUUUCUCCCCAGCUUCCGCGAAUUAUGCCAAAAGUGGUGUCGCGGUCGGUAGUCUGCUCCGACACCCGGGACAGAGAGGAGUAUGACGAUGGCGAGAAGCCCCUCCACGUCUACUACUGUCUGUGCGGCCAGAUGGUCCUGGUGCUCGACUGUCAGUUAGAGAAGUUACCCAUGAGGCCCCGGGAUAGAUCUCGUGUCAUUGAUGCUGCCAAACAUGCUCACAAGUUUUGUAAUACAGAAGAUGAGGAAACCGUCUAUCUCCGGAGGUGUGGCCUGCCACUCUUCUACCAGUCCCAGCCCAAGAACGCUCCUGUGACCUUCAUCGUGGAUGGCGCAGUCGUCAAGUUCGGCCAGGGAUUUGGAAAGACAAAUAUCUAUACACAGAAACAAGAGCCUCCUAAGAAGGUGAUGAUGACCAAACGGACUAAAGACAUGGGCAAGUUCAGCUCUGUCACCGUGUCUACCAUUGACGAAGAGGAAGAGGAGAUUGAGGCUAGGGAAGUUGCUGACUCAUAUGCACAGAAUGCCAAAGUGAUUGAGAAGCAGCUGGAGCGCAAAGGCAUGAGCAAGAGGAGGCUGCAGGAGCUGGCUGAACUAGAAGCUAAGAAAGCUAAAAUGAAGGGGACCUUGAUUGACAACCAGUUCAAAUGA